AGGAUUGUAAAUGGCUCAGAUGCAGACACAGAAUACUUAGCAGUCAGCUAUCGCUGGGGGAACGAGACGUUGCUUACUACAACCGAAACCCUCGAACUAUUUCACACCUCAAUACCUUGGGUGCAACUCCCUCAAACAUUCAAAGACGCUAUCUUUAUCGCACGCCAGCUCGGUAUAGGCCAUGUGUGGAUAGACUCUCUGUGUAUUAUCCAAGACAAGUUGGACGAUUGGGAAAUCGAGUCAGCUAAGAUGGCAGACAUCUACAAGAGCGCUCUUUUGACUAUCAUGGCUGCCUCCGCAUCAGACAGUCAAGGAAGCCUCUUCCGAUAUCGUCAUACGACCAAGGAAUUGGCAGUUUUACCAUACACGGAUGCCAGUGGAGCAACACAGUUUAGUGUUCUCGUUCGUAAAGCACUCCCAUACUAUCAGAGCUUUAUAUCCGCCACCCAGCUGUUCCGGCGCGGCUGGGUUUUCCAGGAGCGAUUAAUGUCGAGAAGGAAGUUGAUCUUUGGCAAAGACCAAACAUACUGGGAGUGUAGCGACGUUGUCCAGUCUGAGUCGAAGAAACCAAAUCAACCCCGGCAUGAAGCUUGGAAGACGAGAAUCACCGGGACGUUUCGAGCCUUCUCUGACCCAAUAUGCAAAGCUGUCGGCGUAGACCAUGACGGAUCACCGGAAUCCUUGUGGGAAACUGUAGUGUUGCAAUAUUCUCCAUGCGCCCUGACCUACGAAGCAGACAGACUUCCUGCUCUGAGCGGACUUGCGCGAACAUUCGCACAACGAUUCGGUGGCACUUAUGCCGCAGGACUGUGGAAAGAACACAUGCCCAACAGCCUUUUGUGGUAUGUAUCUUCAGGACGAUCGAGAGCGACCUGCAAAGGGGAAUACUGUGCCCCAUCGUGGUCUUGGGCAUCG